AUGAGUUUUAUAGUUCAAGAUGAUAAAUCCAGCUUAAUCGCGAUACCAAGGCAGCUUGAAUUAAGGCUUAGCUGCCUCGUUGUUGCUGUCACAGGCAUUAAUUCAUCAGGCAUAUCUUUAAAUAUGUGGUACGUUGGAAGUGUCCACCUACCAAUAAUACACUCCGAAGAUCGC